AAGGAAAGAAAAAAAACCUAAAUCACGGAAGAGAUUCUGCUGUCCUACUAGUUUGGCAAGUUCUCUGGGCUCAAAGCGGCGUAGAAAGGCGGAGAAGAGGGCAGAAACUCAAAUUUGUGCACAUUUAUACACUUCUCUUGUCCCACAGACGGUAUACGAGAGAGGAGUCAUGGAGGCUGCUAUUCAGACCAUGGUGAAGGUCUUCCUGAAGUCAACUAAAGGAAAGGAGAGUCUAGGAAAGAGUCAAUUCCAGAGCCUUGUCAAGAACCAGCUCUCCAACAUCCUUGCGGACACAGACAGCAAGGAGGCGGUCAACAACAUGGGCCAGGGACUGGAUGCCAACCAGGAUGGCAAGGUCGGUUUUGAGGAGUACCUGAAGCUGGUCGGCUACCUGGCAGUCUCGCUCAGCGAUCAGCGCAGCCUCGCCAAAGAGGAGCCAGCCCAAAAUGCUGCGUCCGGACAAGUGGCACAAAGCACCCCAGAAAAAGAGGAAGAGAAGCCAGAAGCAAACGCAGAGCCAAAGGCGGAAGCAAAGCCAGAAGCAAAUGAAGAGUCAAAGGUAGAAGUAGUUACUGUUGUAAAGGUAGUUGAAGAAAAUGCAGAUGGAAAGAUAGAAACAAUGGUAGAAGUCAAGUCAGAGGUGGAGGCAGACCCUGAGGCGAUAAAGGAAGCUGAGAAGCAAGCAGCAGCAGUGGCGGAGGCAGCAUUAGAGGAGGCAGCAGCUGCAGCGGGAGUGGUCGUGAAAGAAGAGGAGAAGAAGGAGGAAACAGAAAAGGUGGUAGAAGCAGUGGAGAAGCUGCCUGCAGCUGUGGAAGAAGAAGUGGAGAAGAAGACAGAGGAGGGCACCUCAUAGGGGACAAUCCAUUCAUUCAUAAAGAAAAGAAAUCACACUACAUGCUUAAUUCAGCACUACACAAAACACAGCAUUAAUGCCAAAAUAUGUCGGUAAGCCACUAAAAAAAAAUUCAAGUUAAUUCAGCUUUGACAAUAUCAGUAAAAGUUCAAACACUACAAACCCAGCUCUGAAGAAACCCCACUCCUUGAAUAUCGUAAAAAUAAAUACAUGUACAUGACAGUAGAAUCAUUGCUUUGUACUACUCAUUACCACUAUGAUCAUAUGUACAGCAUGUGCAUCCCACUAUAUAGCACAUUUACCUCAUUAUGAUAGUAUGAUAGCAUGUGAACGUACACUAUCAUAUGCAUGCCAUAUCCCUGUGAAAACUUUACUGCAAAAUAUGAUUUACCUGCAGCAGCACACUGACACAUGUGACCAAAGUGUCACUGCAGCCAAGUUUAAAUACUGUCCUGUCCCCACUUCAAUCUUUACCUGGGUCUUUUCUUCAACUCCUCUACACUACUUACUAGGCCUGUACAUUGGUUUGUGGUAAAACAUCUGCAGGAAUAGUUGUAGAUUUUGGUAAAUGUGCUCCUUAGCUUUCUUGCUUAGAGUUGGAUGAAACGAUUGACACCACCCUAUUAGCCGGUUAGCUCAUUUUAGUGUAGCGACUGGAAACAGGGUGGAAACGGCAAGCACGGCUCUCUUUGAAUGCAACAAAAUCCACCAACCAGUACCUAUAAAGCUAACAAUGCUAUCUAGGCAGUUUCAUUUUUGUUUUUGUGUAACAACAAGCGAGCUUUAGAGUUGCUGGUAGGUGGAUUUUGUUAGCAAGGCCAAGCUAGCGGUUUCUCUGUUUCCAGUGUUCAUGCUAAGCUAACUGGCUGCUAGCUGUAGCCUCAUAUUAACUGAACAGACAUGACAGUGGUAUUAAACUUCUCAUCAAGCUCUUGGCAAGAAAUCUUAUAAUUCAUCCACAAUGUCAAACUCUACCUAUAAUGGUUGCAUGAAAAUCUGUCAAUAACACUAUAUCUUUUUUUUUUUUUUUUUAACAUUCUCAUUUUUUAACUCACAGUGCUAUGGAGCUGACUUGGCAUGACAAUAAACACAUUGUUUUGCUGAAGCUUUGCAUUACUUUAGCCCAUAUUAAUACACCCUCACACCUCAUUUGCCUUCUAAUCUACUUUAUCGGCUCUCUGUCUCUUUUUAAUUUCUGUAAUUCCCAGAGAGGUUCACUUCAUCUGAAUGCUGCAGUUUAUUCUGCUCACUUGCAGUCAGCCAAGGAUUAGGAACUGGAAGAUUAAGCAUGGCUCUUGGCUAAAUAAUUUAGGUUUGUGAAUGGGAUCCACACCAAAGGACCCUUAGGGUCGAAAGGGAGCCCAAAAUAGUAUCAUGGGAGCAGACUGGUGACAUAUGGCUCGGCGAGAGUAUUCAUGCAGCCUAAUCCACCUACAUUAGGACUGGUAGAGAAGAACAAGAUAACAAACACCAAGAAGUAAAGAAGCCCAUAAGAGGUGUCACCUGGUGGCAGAUACAGUUAAUUUGCUUUGUGUCUUGCAAACCAAAUGGUAUUUCAAUGGUUAUUGAUCCAUAAAUGUACUGGAUGCUACAUUAUCUGGAGUAACUGAAACUUGCUAAUUGUUGCUUGUUGUUUUCUGCUGGUCUUUCGGGUUUGCGUGCUUGUUUGUCGGUCACACCCUCAGUUUUAAGACCCUGUUUGACCUGCAACUGGAUCCUUGUGUCACAGGCAUUGGGCAACUACUGGAUAAGACAUUUGAUGGGUAACACACCCUAGGACACAAACAAUUACAUGAAAGCAAUCCUGGGCUCUAGUGAUCCUGCCCAUUAGAUGAGGUGGUAAUGUCAGUGAGAGGUUGUGCUUUUGUAAGCAAAAAAAAAAGAAUACUGAGCCAUAAAUAUGAAUCUAUGUGGUGUGAUCUUGUACAACAGGCUAAUACAUAAAAUGUUGCAUGCUAUCAGAAACGUAUUUCUACUAAUUACAUUGUAUUGGAAUUAUUGUGGCCAAAUAUUUAAGUUCAACAUGGCCUCUUUAUAUUUAACUUUUUUAACCUCACUCUUUCUUGUUCGGACCACUAUGGAGAUCACUUGAAAAAACAUUGUCACAUUAUAUGCAAUUUGUUAAUUACAAUUUAAUGAUUUGUAAAUUGUCUCAUCAUCAAUAAUGCAGUCAUGAGAAAAAGGCUCAUGUUUCAGGCCUGCUAUAUCUGCACCUGGCCAGCUCGCGUAGUGCUUAAGGCACACACAUUUUGGGCACACUACCAAAUGUGCACCUUUUGCACUGUAGUAGCACCUGGCACUUCAAACUGCUCAGCAGCAAAAUUGGCAAGACAAAUAAACCUGAGUCAUGUGGUCACCCUGCCUCACUGCGACACUCCCAUUGUAAAUACUGUCAUUUACACUCACUCUGCUCAGCCUUUAUACUCGUAGUACGCUGUGUUUUCUGCAUGCUCUAUUACUAACAAACUUAUUGGACAUUUUGGGCUAUUUAGGCUAUAUUAUUAUUUCUUUUUAUUGAAACCUAUAUUCUUUUUAUAUCAAAACAUUUUCUAAUCAUGGUACUUCCUGUGAAUAAUGGAAACAUAUCACUCUCUUGCACCAUCUACAGCCAGCUUUCUGUUCAACUUGUACAUAGGCCUCAGGUAUUUGCAUCUUUUCUAUAUCUGUAUAUUUCUAUACAUACAUAGAUAUGUAUAGAUAUAGAUGCAUACCUUAUUGCUAUUCCCCAUGGGCCAGGCGAGUUUUGUGCAGCUUUGUGUUCUUUCUUUGCUCUCAGCCAAUCGUCAUAAGCAAAAUUAUGGUUAAAAAGAAACUGGAUAAAGCAAAAAUCACGUUUAAAAUGACUGGACUUGCACUUGCAACAGAUUUCUGAAUUUAGCGUGAACAGACCUGAAUUAAACAUCAUCUGGAAAUUAUUCUAUCGCAGCUAAUGCUUUCUUUUGGCCUAUUUGGAACAGCGGAUGGACGGAGUGAACUGUGAGAGCUACGUUUUUUUUUUUUUACAAAGUGGUUGAAUUGUCUGCACCGGCAGUUUUUUGUUACUGUCCCAUAGUGUGAACCCCACCCAGCCUUAACUCUGUGUAGAUUAAAAACAUGCUGGAACAAAACGCAUCAGAUUUGCAGUGGGGAGUGUUUGCAGCCAGAUUUUUCAUUGACACACAAUAAGUCUCAUUCAUUGUGUGACACACUAGAUGAAGAUAAAAAAGCCUGUGUUUAGAAUCCUCCCAGCGGAUGCGAAAAAGUGUACAUACAAGUAUAUGGAUGUGCUUUUGGGUAAAAGUGUUUGUGAUUAUGGGACCAUUCCCAGGAUAUUGUGCAGGCUUUCAUCAUUGUGUGUUGAUGUACUCUGCAUAUUUCCUGCCAAGUACUAGAGGGUGUGUUUGCUAAGCAGUUGGACACAGUCCACUGUCAUGUCCAGUAAACUCCACUAUGCUUGUAUUUCAACUUCAUAUGUAAUGCUGUAUCAUUUUUGCUAAUUCUAUGUAACGUGUAAUGGCUAAUAUUGAAUUAAACUGUGACGAUACUAUA